CUUUUUGCGCUCAUGCUCAUGUCAUAUGAAAUUAUAAUUUUGUGCUUCAGCAAUCAGCAAGUGUUGAAAUAACCAGCUUUUGUGUACAUUAAUAACGAAUUUCAGUUUUACUAAUUGUGAUCGUGACCGUGACCAGUAUAAAUAUCCUUCAUAAAUAAAUUCUUGUAGUUUUAAAGCAGAAUAAAUACGCAAAAAGUUAAAAUUAUUUGUGAUAAUACAUUACAUAGUGACUAAUAAAUUGUUUUGUUUGUCUUUAUACUCUCAAUACCAUAAUAUCGAAAUUAUUCGAAGUAUAUAAACAAAAUGCCGAUUCUAUUUAGCGUUGUUGCCCGGGGCACAGUUGUCUUGGCUAAGUAUGCAACUUGCGCUGGAAAUUUUACAGAAGUCACUGAACAAAUACUAACAAAGAUUCCACCCCGCGAUGACAAGCUUACCUACUCUCACGGAAAUUACCUAUUUCACUAUAUUGCCGAAAACAAACUGGUAUACUUCUGCAUUACUGACGAUAAAUUUCAACGUUCGAGAGCAUUUCUCUUUCUAAAUGAAAUCAAGAGAAGAUUUACGUCAGCAUUUGGGGAUACUGCACAGACAGCCAUCCCCUAUGCUAUGAAUGGAGAGUUUUCAAGAGUUCUGGCCACUGAGAUGACACAUUACAGCGAGUCAAAAGACUUGGACACUAUAUCCCGAGUGCACGGUGAACUUGAUGAACUGAAAAACAUCAUGGUUAAAAAUAUUGACAACAUGGCGAUGCGUGGCGAAAAACUAGAAUUACUGGUUAAUAAAGCUGAUAAUCUGGCGACACAUUCGGUCUCAUAUCGUGCGUCAGCUAGGACCCUCCAGCGUUCCUUGUUCUGGAAGAAUAUCAAGAUGUACGUGAUAUUGAUUCUCAUCGUUGCUUUAGCGAUAUAUCUGAUAGGAGCUAUGGCUUGUGGUGGACUUGCGUGGAGGUCUUGUGUUGGUUAAUUACAUUUAAUAAUCAUCAUGUUAUCAUAAACGAUAAUUGUAUAAAUUAUAGAAAGAUGUAUACCACGAAAUAUUGUGUUAGGCAUUCAAGAAAUAUCCUAUUGAUUCAGGUGUAACAGUCGUACUCAGUUUCUAAUUGGUCGUUAAAGAAGUGCUUUAGUUUAGUUUUAGAAUGAAAUCUACAUUAAAGCACUAUUUAAGUGACCAUUAAUAAACUCUGCGUGCGGCUGUUAGUGUAUAUUAUUGAAACCCUUUGAAAUGCUUUUUAAAAUUUAUAUUGUAUUUUAUUCACUAUUUGAUAUUAGCACUAUGAGUUGUAGUUUACUCGAUGCAAUCUAGUUAUAGAAAGUUACAAAAUAUAAAAAAGAAUGCGACAAGUUUUUUUUUAUUUUUGAAAUUUGACGGUUAUGAAAUAUUCCAGUUUACGCAAUAUAUUAUUAUAACAUGCAACAGAUUGUGGUUUUAAAAAGUAUUAAAUGCAUAGAAAUAUUUUUACUGACAAUGUAUGAUUUUUUUUAGAUUAUAUUUGUAUGUAUUAGUGUGGGCUUUGACUGCAAUUACACUUGAAAUGACAUAUAUUUUUGUCUCUGUUCUUUAAAAGACAAAGUGAAGGAUGACAACAUGUGUCAUUACAAGGGUUAUUUCACGCCUUUACGUCUUUUGUGUGGUCAUGGUAUUUUACUGGUCGGGUUGGCCCAUAGUCUACUACUGUUAUUAGGUGUUCCCUAUAAAAUCGAUGGGAAAAAAAUCUAAUUUUGCCGAUUGAUUGGAUAUCCGAAACAUACAUAAUGAUUUUCAAUAUUAUUUCACUUGACCAUCUUAAAGACGAGGAUUUUAGCUUGUGAUGAAGCAAAUUAACGUGGGUUUUGUACAACUUGUUGUGACCUCUCAUUUACACUGAAAAAUCUGAGAUGUAUGAUUUGUGUAGAAUUUCUCCAGUGAAUAAUCACCUUUAGAAAUUUUAAUUGAACUUUGUAAAUUCCAAUUCUCGCAUAACCUACAAAAAUUAAGUAGUAAGAAAUAAAAACAAAAGACAUGAAUUCGCGUAUUUUAAAACUCUUUGAAUGCCAAAUAUGUAUUUGUCAAUA